GCGCAGGGAGCUGAAGGUAACCGAGUGGCAGAGAUCGAGUCCCGGCGAAGUCUGUCGCGGAGUCACCGUGAAAAACACCAACAGCCACAAAAUGCCGAAUAAAACUAAAAAGGAAAAGGAGCCAACCAAAUCUGCCAAAAGUAGCACUAAAAACAGUAAUGCCACUAGUGGGAAAGACACAGGAACUGAAAAUGCAGAUGAGGCGCAGCAGCAGCAAACUGCCAGCAAACGUCCCAGCAACAGCACCCCACCACCCACUCAGCUCAACAAGAUCAAAUACUCCGGCGGUCCCCAGAUCGUCAAGAAGGAGCGUCGCCAGAGUUCGUCACGAUUCAACCUCGCCAAGAACAGAGAGCUGCAGAAGCUUCCUGCCCUCAAAGAUGCGCCCCUUAUUGACCGGGAGGAGCUGUUUGUGCAGAAGCUGCGGCAGUGCUGCGUGCUCUUUGACUUUGUCACGGACCCUCUGAGCGACCUGAAGUACAAGGAGGUGAAGCGUGCUGGCCUGAAUGAGAUGGUGGAGUACAUCACACACAACCGCGAUGUGGUCACCGAGUCCAUCUACCCAGAGGGUGUGAUCAUGUUUUCAAUCAACUUGUUCAGGACCCUACCACCAUCCUCCAACCCCACAGGGGCUGAGUUUGACCCAGAGGAGGACGAGCCCACACUGGAGGCUGCCUGGCCACACCUACAGCUGGUGUACGAAUUCUUCUUACGAUUCCUGGAGUCCCCUGAUUUCCAGCCUAAUGUCGCUAAAAAAUACAUUGACCAAAAGUUUGUACUGUCUCUCCUGGAGCUGUUCGACAGUGAAGACCCCAGGGAGCGGGACUUCCUGAAGACCAUCCUCCACAGGAUCUACGGCAAGUUCCUGGGCCUCCGGGCCUACAUCCGCAGACAGAUCAACAACAUAUUCUACAGGUUUAUAUAUGAAACGGAGCAUCACAAUGGAAUCGCAGAGCUCUUAGAAAUCUUAGGAAGCAUAAUCAACGGCUUUGCCCUGCCAUUGAAAGAGGAGCACAAAAUGUUCCUGAUCCGAGGGCUGCUGCCGCUUCACAAAGUGAAGUCACUCAGCGUCUACCACCCCCAGCUGGCAUAUUGCGUUGUGCAGUUCUUGGAAAAGGACAGCAGUCUAACUGAACCGGUGAUCAUGGGCCUGCUGAAGUUCUGGCCUAAGACCCACAGCCCCAAAGAGGUGAUGUUCCUCAACGAGCUGGAGGAGAUCCUGGACGUCAUCGAGCCGUCUGAGUUCGUCAAGAUCAUGGAGCCGCUGUUCAGACAGCUGGCCAAGUGUGUUUCCAGUCCACACUUCCAGGUGGCAGAGAGGGCGCUGUACUACUGGAACAACGAGUACAUUAUGAGCCUGAUCAGCGACAACGCAGCCAAGAUCCUCCCCAUCAUGUUCCCUGCUCUCUACAAGAACUCCAAGAGCCACUGGAACAAGACAAUCCAUGGGCUGAUCUACAACGCCCUGAAGCUCUUCAUGGAGAUGAACCAGAAGCUGUUUGAUGACUGCACCCAGCAGUACAAGGCUGAGAAACAGAAAGAGAAGUGCAAGCUGAAGGAGCGUGAGGAGGUCUGGCACAAGAUAGAGGAGCUGGCCAAGCAUAACCCACAGGUUGCCAACCUUCGACCUGGUCUCCACCCACAAGAAGAGUACAUGAUGUACAAUGAGAGUCCGGGAGGGGUGCCCUUGUACUCCAUGGAGACGGAGACGCCAACUGCUGAGGACAUUCAGCUGCUGAAGAAGACUGUCGAGACAGAGGCCACACAGGUACAACUACCAGCACACUCACAGGGGAUGAAGGACAUCAAGAAAGACAAGGUGAUGAUCCGGAGGAAGUCGGAGCUGCCGCAGGACGUGUACACUAUAAAAGCCCUGGAGCAGCACAAGAGAGCGGAGGAGUACCUGACGGCCAACGAGGAGGCCCUCUGACCAGGGAGCAGUGGCACCCCCUGCACCUAACCCCCCCCCCGUGUCGCAUCCAACCAGUCACCAGCUUUACGCCCCCCCUUCUCCUCCGCUUCUCCUCCCCCUCCACUCCUUCAUCUCUGCCGGAGAUCCCCAUCUGCAGAAAACCAGGGCCAUCACAGAGACGGACAAGUACACACAUAUGCGCACAUAUAGGAACAUACAGACCUACAAUAGUUCCAGCUUGCACUGAAAUGCAUACAUACUUGACUACAGUGGGCCGAUCAUUAGGUUGCACAAGGACAACCAUAACACAACAGUAGUAUUAGUGUAAGCAUCCGUGAAGCAUGUUUCUUUGUUUCCUUUUUGGAACUCAGCAUUACCUAUAGAGGGCAGUAGAUUGUGAUUGAUUCUCUUGCUAGCUUGCCUGGAGUGAGAGGGUGUGGGUAAUCUGAAUGGUUUGGUGGAUGAUGAGGCCAUGCUUUAGUCUAGCUGGAAGUCUAGUGAAAGUAGUGGUUCUGCUCUGUAAAAAACCCUAGCUGUCAGGUCAUGCCCAGGCAACAUAGUAAAUGUUGAGGAAGCGAAGUCUGCGACACAAAGCUUACAAUACAAUUUAGUAGUGCUGAGCUAUUAACCAAAAUGUUUUUUAAACAACUAAUUGACCGAUAUCAGUCCUAUUAUUUGAAUUCCAUUUCUUUCAAUUUUUUUCUGUAAGCUCAGUGUGUAGUUUUUCUAGAGAAAUCAGAUCAAGCCCAGACUGUACGAUAUGGUAGGGAGUUGUAGUUGCCAACAGGCCAGUAUUCUACAUAGUUUAGCGUGGAAAAUGUGGUAAUUACCUACAAUGACCAUAAUUCACUGAAAAUACAUGAUCUAAGUAAUUGAUAGUUGGUAUUCAGCAGUCAUAAAAGUAUGCCUUAUUUACUUUGAAGAACUAUUAAAGUAUUAAUUUUGUCAGACAGCAUAGCUCUAUAGGGAUGAGAUUAUGACUUAGAAUGAAAUAAUAAAGUAAUCAAAUAAAACAAAUGUAAUAUACACAACUGAAUAUUUUAUUAAAGUAAUGUGAAUAAAUUAUGGUUAAUAAGUGAUAAGCAGCACUGGGCAGUCAUUGCCAUCGUGGGACUUUUAUUAAUGAUUAUUAUUCUGUGUUACAGCAUUCAACAAACUAGUUCUGAGGAUUAGUGCUUUUUGAAUUUCGGUUUCGAUUAUUUAUUUAAAUAUUAAAUUAAUUAUGAGCUUUUUAAUGGAAAUUCCAAACAUUAAAUUGCCAAAACAUUGAAAAUAUUCCAGUGUCUCGACAUCAAUAAAAAUUGGACAUUUCUAUGAAAUAAUAAAAUAUUUCAGUUUGUAUUUGAUUACUUUAUUAUUUUUCAUUCCUUAGAGUCAUCAUCUCAUCUCUGCUCAGGCAGUAGCAGCCAGCCAGCCAGGCCAUCUAGUGUUAUCUAUGUGCUCCCCAUACUGUACUCUCUUCAGUCAUCUUAUUUAGCUAGCCUGCCUAAAGUAUGCUUCAGAGCUGACUGGCAAAAUAUUUUUUUUACUAGUUCUUCAAAGUAGAUAAGGCAUACUUUCACGAACUGUCUCUGUCCCUCUCAUUGUUUUGUUCUGUACAUUCCUCUCUCUUAAAAGUGUAUCUGUAAAAGUGUAUCCGUCCAGAGAUCUGUAUAUAAUGACGAGAUGUUCAUGUCGCCACCCUAACAAUGUCAUUGUCCCAAAGGCGGGAAAGCAGACGACAAGCUUUGGUUCAAAAUAUUGGACAGAUUUUGGCGACAGUGAAACCUUUCAUUCCGCCUCUUCCUCUCUGAUCCGUCUCUAUCCGAGCUGGAAAAAAACAGGUGCAAUGGAUUGUGGUUAUUGUAAUGAAUUACCACGUUUCUGCUAUGAACUAGGUUGAACAUUUGCUUAAGGAAAACUACAACUCCCUUCAUCCCAGCGCCCCACAUAGUUCUUGACUUGAGUUCUCUCGUGAAUGAUUUGAUUUCCCACUAGAGAAACGGUGCGUUGGGCUCACAAAGAACUGUAAUUGAACUGAUGCUGGUCAAUUAGUUGAUUAAUAACCGGAGAGAAAAAAAUGAAAUGUUGGUUAUUCGCUCAGCACAACAACCCACAUGAUGUAUAGAGCAUUUAAACCGUGAUUAUUUUUUCAUAACCAAACCAACCUCAAAAAGCACUAAUCGUUCAGCACUACAACUUAGACAAGGCAAUUAAAUAAAAUGAGAGAGCACUAGGAAUCAAGAUGGCUGACUUUAUCUUAAUUUAAUUAUUUACUCUGUCAGUCUCUUCCAUGAGACUGUUUUGCUCACGUUUUAGUACUGUAAUUGUAUCUUCGUCACCUCUUUGCAGAGUAAAAUCAUGGCCUUACACCGUCUGUUGAAUUGCAUUUUCCCUGUUGAUUAUGCUAAUCAUAUGCUAAUAACAUGAUUGUAAUCCUGAUGAUUGGUUUAUUUCAGAAUCCAUGAAAAAACAAUAACUUAGUUCAGACCUAGCUGCUCACAUGAAUUGUGUAGGUUUGUGUUUUUGUUUUGAUCUGUUUUUGACAGCGUUUUGUAGUUCACAAAACUGGCUUUUGAAAAGCACUUAAAGAUAAACCGUGAUAUAUUAGCAAUUGUCCGUACAAGAGAAUGAGUUGACAAAUGUCUCAACUUAGAACUGUAAAAUGUUUAUUGUAUUUUUUAUAAUUAGAGGUGUAGCUCAAAAACGAAUCAUGUCACUGUGUCAAAAAGAAACCUCCGAAAAUAAUUCCGUUAGAUAGAAUGUCAGGUUAAUAUUGUCCUCGAGGUUGGUCUUUAGGAAAAGCAACCAUUAACUGGUGCAGAAUUAGUCCAUCAUUUUCUCCGUUUUCUCAAAGAUAACCUUCUUGCUCUGUCUACAGACUCUUGACUGCCAUGAUUGUUAUCCCAACUCAUCCAUUCCUUCUGUCAAAUUCAUGUUAAUAUGUUUAUUAAUGUUUCUGGCCCAAUGGUUAAUGUCGACUCAGCCUCUAAUUAUUCCUCUCUAGCCUUCUUCUUGCCUUUCUUUUUUUUAUUCGUUUUUUUUGUGGAUUUUUACUGAACAAUAAUAUAAACGGAACGUGUAACAUUUUCAAAGAUUUUACUGAAUUACAAUUCAUAUAAGGAAAUAAAUAAAUUCAUUAGGCCCA